AUGGCCGGCGUCCUCCAUGACGCGCUUGGUCUCCUCCUCAAGCUCCUUGGUUGUGGCCUCACGUGCCUUAGGGGAGCGUUGGCGCUCAAUGUUGGCGAGGCAGAUGUUGAACUUGGCGAAGUUCGCGUUUAUCUCGUCAAAGCGGCUGCUCAUGCUGGCGGAGAAGAUGGUCAUCAUCUUAUUGAUCUCGGCGAUCAUGGUGUAGGUGGAGAAUUGAAUAGUAUAUUCUCAGACUCGAUAGCCGGCUCAUUGCAUCAGGGCUCCACGAUCAUGAAUAAUCCUAAUUGUACUAUCCUGUGGGACAACUACAACAAGCUACAGCCUAUAUCUCUUCACAUGAGAACGAAAACGCUCCGAGCGAGCAUGCUCAUGUUGUUGGACGCCAUCUUGAUGGGUGUGGUGGUGGUUAUAGGCGCCUACGCGCCGCGGCAUCGCCGACAUCCAGUGAUCGGUGCAGUCUUUCUGGGAGCCACCACUUUAUUCCUCCCCAUCGUUUCCAUCAUUGUCACCAACAUUGAAAGCGUUCAUGACCUCAUCGUAUCUUUACUCACAGAAGUUGAGUGCGAUGAUACGUCGCACCUCUUCCUGGUCUUUGCAUGGACAGGAGUUGUGGUAGCCAUUGGUAUCAGUGCAAGUGCAGUAGUUGCUGGUGAUGCAAGAGAAGGUAGAAACAAUGCCCCGCCUGUAAUACUGUUGGUUAAAGCAAGCUGGAGUGCAUACCUCACAUUCUCAUCAACAACCCUGUACACGAGUACUGCUCUUGUUCAGCUAUUUGUUAUUAUGUUUGCUAAGUUGUUUUUCAAGUACGCCACAUUUUACAAGGCUCGACGAUCUUUUGCACUCGGACGCAGUCCUCGUCUCAUCGCCGGCUACAUGGAUCAGCUCCAGCAGCCGGUGCAUGAUGAGCACACAGCAUCAACACCUCCCCCUGCUCUUAUAGUUAUGGGCGAGGAUAAAGUGCAGGUGGAGGAGCAGCCUCGUGGUUACAACUUAAUACAGAUGCCCGACGACCAGGGAGAUGGAGAUUUGACCAGGGCAAACAACCUGGUGACACUAGACCGAGUUUGGGGGUUAGAUGACAAGGACAUUAUUCUUCAGACCUCAACGGCACGGCCCAAAGAUCUGUGCUAUUCAUUCGCCUUGUUCAAGCUGCUACGAUGUCGGUUCGCAAAGUACACAGUUUCUGAGGCCGGCUUCAUCAAGACUAGUAAGUUUUUCAGGAAGACAUUACUCAAGGAUGAUGAUCAUUACGAGAGAGUGUUUGGGAUAAUUAAGGAUGAGCUUUCAUUCAUCAAUGAUUAUUAUUAUUCAUCCCUGCCAAUCUACUAUACCCAUCCUCUGCUUCCUGCCUUUGGCGUCACGCUUUCACUCUGGAGCAUCGGUUACUGUUUAUUUCUGGUUGUGGUCCUUGUGGACCCGACACUACGUUUCUUCAUUUAUGGAGACCCUGGCCAGAUAAUAUGUUGGGUGAAGUUGAAAACGCAACAUUGUGGAGAUAAUGAUACUACUGGUUUUGGACCUUAUGGAGUGUUCUUUAGAUACGGGAGUUUGUACUACGACAUGGUACCUUUAUAUUUAGCCAUUGCAGUGCUUGUGCUUGCAGAGGCGAGAGAGAUUGUUUCCUACAUCUGUUCCAACUGGACUAAAGUAGCCCUCAUUUGCCACCAUGUCAAUCAGGCUUGUUGGCAGCGAUCCCGUGUUGUGCAGAAAUGCAUUUGCUCCCUGUUGAAGUAUCGCAGAUGCAAGCUGGUGAACAAUUGGGACGACAAGAUGAAACAGUGCUCAGUUCUUGUGCUUCGCCGAAGGAAAACCCCACUUCUUCUGUGCCGACUCCUACGUUCACUAGACACAGGGAAGAAGGUGAAGGUACCAAACAUUGUGAAGGCCGCCAUCUUUGAAACACUCAAAGGAGAGAGCUUUACCACCGAGCAGGUUGACCAUGGAGCUGUCUGGUGCAUUCGACCACCGUCAUCUCCGGUUCCUCUCUCACAAUAUGGUUGCAGUGGCAGACAACCAGCUGGUUACACCAUACUCGUCUGGCACAUGGCCACAAGUGUGUUUGAGGUGAGCCAGCUCCCACAGCCAUCGGACUCGGACCACAAGACUGUCGCCACGCACCUGUCGCGCUACUGCACCUACUUGGUGACCAGCCGCCCUGAGCUGCUCCCUGACGAUGCUGAAUGGUGCCGUAACCUGUAUGAUCAGGUGAAGAAAGACGCCGACCGUCUCCUAGCCAAGGUGCAGGGAGUAGACCUGUAUGAUCAGCUCAUCCGAGUGCUGAGUGCAGACGACUCCAACCAUGAGGUCCUUAGGAAUGGCGCGAGGCUCGGGAAGGAGCUGGUGGAGGACUCUAUGGGAUGGGAGAAGCUGGCCCGCUUCUGGGUGGAGAUGAUCCUGUACGUCGCCCCAUCGGAGAACUUGGAAGCGCAUGCGGAGGCCAUUUCGCAUGGCGGCGAGCUGAUCACGCUCCUCUGGGCAAUGCUCGCACACGCCGGGAUCACCGGUAGGCUAGACGCUGCUGGUGUCGCAGCAGCUGCUGAAGAAGGAAGAGGGGUUUGCUAA